CGUAUAUACUUAUCAAUGGGAUAAAUAUUAUUUGAUGCAUGUUCGCACUUCGCUGGUCAUUUAGGACGGGCUUUCCUUUUUCCUGAUAUCCUCAAAUUGACAUUUCAAAUGUCAAUAUUUGAAACCAUAUUAUACUACUAUGGCCAAAUAUUUAGUACAAAUCAUAAUUCUUGGAUCACAGAUAGUCGGUAAAGCGUUUACAAAAGCACUCAAACAAGAAUACGCAGCUAGUCAAGAAGCUGCUCGUAGGGCAGGCGGUGGCCGCGCAGGAGCAGCGCACGCCGCUGCUAAUGCCAAAGCCGGUAUAUCUCUCGAAGAGGCCAAGCAAAUCCUCAAUGUUAAAGGAAUGACCAAAGACGAAGUUCAAGAGCGGUAUGAAUAUUUAUUCAAAAUCAAUGAUAAAGCAAAAGGAGGUUCAUUUUAUUUGCAGUCAAAAAUAUAUAGAGCCAAAGAGCGAUUAGACAAGGAGGUAUCAAUAAAAAAGGAAAAUAAUGUAUAGACAAUUAAAAAUUAUAUAGGCAUUUUGUACUCUGUAAAAUAGAUGUUGUAAAAAAUAAUGUUUUAUUAUUUGUUGUUAUAAAUAAACAAAUCAAAUGUUGUAUAGAGUUCCCUAAA